AUGGAGUCUUCGUCUUCGUCUUCACGAAGAUCGCUGCUACAUACGCAUACAUCUACAACCAGUCCUCAAAGAUUUCUAUCGAAGCGAAUCGAACCAGCAAUUCGAGGCAAAUCGUGUCCGAUAUGCUUGAAUCACAUCGACCAUCGCAGAGCAGCGGUGAUCACAGCCAGAGUCCAUGCCUAUUGCGUCGAUUGCAUUCGCAGAUGGAGCGAUUUGAAGCGAAACUGUCCUCUCUGCAACGCAGUCUUCGAUGCUUGGUUCUCCCAAAUCAACCUCUCCUCUCGAACCUUCCUCAAACACAAAUUACCAGAAAUCAGUGAGGAUAUUAGGAAGCUCAAUGUCGAAGUUUUGCGUAGCAGGCGAAGAGUUCUUGUUGCGGAGCGAAGGUGA